CCAUCAUCUUCUUCCCUCUCUCUUUCGCGUGCAUUUCCCUUCUCUCUUCCUCCCUCCCUCAACCCCUCCCCGACGACCAAUCCCCCAUUCUCGAAACUAUCCCUCAUUGUCUUCCCAACCCACUGCUUCUAAUCCUUUGUCCUAUUCUAUCCUGACCUCGCUCAUCGAAGACGAUUCGUGCCGCCCACGAUGUAUCGCGACCUCGCCCACGCUGUCUACAAGCGCGGGGAGUCCGCCACGAACGGCUAUGAAGUGCCCGCCUGGGGAUGGGGCGUUCUCCUGCUGGACAUCGUGCUCUUCUUCCCCUUCAUUCUGAUAGUCAACUACACUCUCCAGCAUGUGUUCCCGACGCUCGCCAUCGUCGAAGACCCGUCCCCUCCGGCCUACGAACCCGUGUCGCUGAACGAGGACACCCAGUCCUUCGCCGAAGGCAACGCCCCGCUCGCCGACGAGAGCGCCGCCAGCACCCUGCCGCAUGCCAUUACCUCGUCUCUCCGCAGCACCUACCGUACCUUGAAAGCCAUCAGCGGUUGGCGCUCCCUGUUCCGGGGGUUUGCUUGCUGGAUAGCCAUCACCGUCGCUACCAGUUUCAUCUACGGAAUUACGGCUGGUACUUUUGUGCCCGCCCUCGUCGCUGCACCCAUCUCUGCCGUCGCCCUCGUUCAACUCUACACGACCUGGACACACAUCGUCAUCUCGGCCCCGAGCUCCAAGACUUUCUGGCAGCGCCUCCCCCCCUUCAAGAAGGCAUUCCAGGCCACCGCUCUCCCGACUUUUAUACACUUCUUCGCCAUUGCGCUUAGCGCCUUUGGCCCCAGGAUGCUUGCGUACGGCAUCGGCAUGAACAUCCCGAACCCCAAGCAACCCGGAGUCGUCCCCGAAGCCGACAAGAAUGACAUCUGGAAGGGAGUCUUGGUGUUGCUCCUCGCGAUCGCCUUAAACGUCCUCCUCGUUAUCCCCACCAAGGUCAUCCUCACCCGCGUGCAGGCCUCUCUUCUUCCCGAUGAGGACGACACUAUUGUUCCUUUUGACCGUUCGUUCCAGGGCAGGGUGGAGCCGGCCGUCGUCGGCGGCAAGGGUUUCGUCACUAUCAAGGACGCGUGGCGCUCGUUCUCUCGCGAUUCGUGGGUGCGCCUCGUGAAACUCUAUGUUAAGAUCUUCGCGGUUGGGAUCGCCCUUUCCCUCGUCUGGCUCGCGGUGAUCAUCCCUGAGAUGUUCCUCAUCAUAAGCCAUAGCAAGAAACUCGAGUAAGCGAGGGGAGCCUACUGGCUCAACUAGCGCAGCCCACGGCCUCGCAGUUGUCUUCGACAUCGGCUACUUCGUUCUCCUGCAAUAUUGCCUAGGUUCCAGUCGACCUAGCCUGGACCACGACGGCUCGGGCUUCCCGGAUCGGCCGGAAGGGGUGGAAUCGGGUGCGGCGUUUCUAGUGGAAGCAAAGGGCAGAUUGUAUUUUAUCUCCAUCUCCUCCGUCAACGAUCCCGUCUUGCUAAGAUCGAGCGGCGAGACGACGAGAGGCCUGGCCAUAUGACGGAUUUGGAUUCGUUCAAACCACGCACACCGCAAAAUCUAUAUAGUCUUUUCAGUUGCAAUACCUAUAAUCGGUCGGAAACGACGGCGUGUCUGCCCUCUUGCACCCGUCUUGGCGUGCGUCCACUCGAACCCAGCAGAUCCAAUACAGACAAGUAUGGAUAUAUGCCGACAUUGAUGGUGCCGAAGUUACACUUACCAUGGCGUUACGCUAGUCCAAUAGAAUCUAUCUCUCGAAGCAUAAUGAUUUAUUUAACUAUCAGUAUUUCAGAAGAUCUUCUUUUCUAC